AUAAGAAAACAGUCAUCAUCGACAGUCAGUCAGUCCGUUCCUUCAGUUUUUUUCUCAGUUUCUCUUCGUCAGCUGCCACCACCAAUCUAGCCUGAAAUUUGUUUAUCUGCUUUUUAAACUCCUCACUCAAAGGCAAGCAACACUGAACCACCGAAAGUAAAAAGAAUCCAAAAAAUCGAAAGUGUUCGUAAAAGCUACCUGCUAGUCUUGUAACAUCACCUGGGUAGAUAUAGACGAGUUGAAGUUCAACGAUAGCCACAUAAAAGAGUGUGGUGACCUGCCAGUUUAUCGCCGCACAUCAUGCUGAAGACACACCUGGAGUUGUUAACCGGUCCGGUUGACCGGGCCCUGGCCGGGCGCGCGCCCUGGCAGAUUGUGACCAUCACAACCAGUACGGUGCUGGGGCUGGUUUGGCUGUGGGACUUGCUCAGCGAGGAUGAGAGUUUGUACGCCCGCGCUCGGCGUCGAUUCUUCAAGUUGGCCCGCAAGAUUCCGGCAGUUCAGCGCAAGAUUACGGCCGAGAUCGACAAGAUCAACGAGGGCUUCGUGAAGGAAGCUUCGCAGCAUGGGGCGUUUACGACGAGGUUGCCUGAGCAGGGACUCAAGCAGGAUGAGAUCUUGAAGAAGGUCGACGACUACCUUGCCCUGGGCCACUACCGCUGGAAGGAGGGCUUCCUGUCUGGUGGGGUUUACUACUUUGACCCGGAACUGGUCAAGCUCGUGACCGAGGUGUACGGCAAGGCGUCCUAUACGAAUCCACUGCACGCGGACGUGUUCCCUGGAGUGUGCAAGAUGGAAGCCGAAGUGGUCCGUAUGACGGCUACGCUGUUCAACGGAGAUGGAAAUGCUUGCGGAACGAUGACCACCGGUGGUACGGAGUCGAUCAUGAUGGCCUGCAAAGCCUAUCGGGACUACGCACGGGACGUCAAAGGAAUCACCAAACCCAACAUUGUACUCCCGAAGACGGCCCACACGGCGUUCGACAAGUCGGCCAAGUACUUUGGAAUGUACACCAAGACGGUUCCGGUUCAUCCGGACACCACCGAGGUUGACAUCCAGGCCAUGGAACGUGCCAUCAACGGCAAUACGGUGAUGCUGGUGGGGUCCGCUCCGAACUACCCGUACGGAACGAUCGACGACAUCGAGGCGAUCGCCAAACUGGGCAAGAAGUACAACAUCCCGGUGCACGUUGACGCCUGUCUCGGUGGUUUCUUGAUCAUCUUUAUGAAGAAGGCCGGCUACUCGAUUAAGCCGUUUGACUUUAGCGUCGACGGAGUGACCAGCAUAUCAGCAGAUACUCACAAGUACGGCUUCACGCCGAAAGGAUCCUCGGUGAUCUUGUACUCGGACAAGGUCUACCGCCACUACCAGUACACCGUGACGACGGAGUGGCCCGGCGGCGUGUACGGUUCGCCGACCGUCAACGGAUCCCGCGCCGGUGGCAUCAUCGCCGCGACCUGGGCUACGAUGAUGAACUUUGGCUUGGAGGGGUACGUCGAGCGCACCCGUCGAAUCAUCGACACCGCCCGCUACAUCGAGACCGAACUCCGCAAGAUCGACAACAUUUACAUCUUCGGAACGCCCGCCACGAGCGUGGUAGCGAUCGGCUCGAAGGACUUUGACAUCUUCCGCCUAUCGGGCGAGCUGAACGGGCUCGGCUGGAACCUCAACUCGUUGCAGUUCCCCUCGGGCAUUCACAUCUGCGUGACGCACAUGCACACCCAGAACGGAAUCGCGGACAAGUUCGUGGCCGAUGUGCGCUCCAAGGUGGCGCUGUGCAUGCAGAACCCGGAGAAACCCGUCGAGGGCAAGAUGGCCAUCUAUGGGGUGGCACAGGAGGUGCCCGACCGGGAGGUCGUCGGCGAGUUCACCAAGUGCUUUAUCGACUCGAUGUACUACACCGUGGAGAGCACCAACUAAAGAGAGAGAGAGAGAGAGUUUGUUGGGUGUGAUAUUUCGACGAGCAUUUAAUGCGCUGCAUGUAUUUCAAUGUUUAUUAUGACUGUCUUGAUGGAAAUAUACGUAUAUUUAUGAACCG